UGGGAACGCCCUUCCGGGACCCGCGCGCCCCGUGUGGUUGGGAGAAACUUCAUUGUUCCGGAGCCUGUAAACAGAGAGGAAGUGACGUUACUGAGACAACAACAACAACAACGUCGGUAAUAAUACCUCACCUAAUACGCAGGUUAUUCUGAAGUCCAGAUCUCUUCAAAGACUGUUUGGAAAUUAUGCUAGUAAACCACUACCAACUGGAAACCAUGAAGCAACAUUUUACAUAGUUGAGAUUGAAAUCAUGGCAUCUUCAACAAAUCUAGACGUUGGGGCACAGAUAAUUGUGGAAGAGUGCACCAGCAGCUAUAGUCUGUCUCACAUGACAGACAUUAAAGUAGAGCAUCAGCUUGACUCCACCACAGAAGAAGGCCCAGCUCAGAGUGUCGCCAUGGGAAUGAAAUUCAUUUUGCCUAAUAGAUUUGAUAUGAAUGUCUGUUCUCGGUUUGUGAAGUCAUUGAAUGAAGAAGAUAGUAAAAAUAUUCAAGACCAGGUCAACUCUGACCUUGAAGUGGCGUCUGUCUUAUUUAAAGCUGAAUGCAACAUCCAUACUUCCCCUUCUCCUGGAAUUCAAGUAAGACAUGUCUACACUCCAUCAACAACUAAGCAUUUUUCACCCAUAAAACAGUCAACUACUUUAACUAACAAACAUAGGGGAAAUGAGGUCUCCACAACACCUCUCCUUGUAAAUUCUCUGUCAGUUCACCAGCUGGCUGCUCAAGGGGAAAUGCUUUAUUUGGCCACACGUAUUGAACAAGAAAAUGUAAUCAACCAUAAAGAUGAAGAAGGUUUUACCCCUCUGAUGUGGGCCGCAGCACAUGGGCAGAUAGCAGUGGUAGAGUUUCUGCUUCAGAAUGGUGCAGAUGCUCAGAUUUUGGGGAAAGGACGAGAAAGUGCACUGUCAUUGGCCUGUAGCAAGGGAUACACAGAUAUUGUCAAAAUGCUGCUUGAUUGUGGAGUUGAUGUAAAUGAAUAUGACUGGAAUGGAGGGACACCUCUUCUAUAUGCAGUACAUGGAAACCAUGUGAAAUGUGUGAAAAUUCUCUUAGAAAAUGGAGCUGAUCCAACUGUUGAAACAGAUUCUGGUUAUAAUUCCAUGGAUUUGGCUGUGGCUUUAGGCCAUCGGAGCGGUGAGUAUUUAGAGCCCUUUAGGUUUGACUAUAUUUAUUGCAGUUUGUUUAUGUGGUUACAGUAACCGUGCUGUACGGAUGUAAGAAGACAAAAGCCCCUGUCCCAAAAUGGUUUUAGAUUGCUGUUAGGCUGUUAUUUCCAGUUGAUUAUGGGCUAGUUAAACAUCUUAAUUAUGUAAAUGUUAAUUGAAUAAACUCGCGUUUUUAUUUGCUUGACUUGUGCUUUCAAAAUCCAUUAAAAUGUUAGCUCUAGCAGCAUGCGCUGUAUACAUCUUACAAUAUGUAAUUUAGAGGACAGACCUGGAAUGUUCAAGGAACUAGUAACAGGUAAGGAGUCUUUCACCUCUAGUUCAUUAGCUCAGGUUAAUAGUGAGAGAAAUCACUGUUCUUGAGUCAUGUCUUUAGGCACAGUUGGGAGUGUAUCUAAUUUAUAAACUCCUCUGUCUAUGUGGAGACAACUAUACCAGAGGGGGGAUUUAUUCUAGGAGAGCGCAUGCAGUGACACUACCACCCCCAAGGGUUUGGUCAUAGGAAAACAGUGUUAAACUGUGUGUUGAGAUACACAGGAGCCCUGUCUGCUGAGGCUGCCCUUUCUCUCCAGGCAGACUUUCAGCCUGGGUCCAGCUUUCUCUGAGAGGGGGUUAGGGUUGUUUGGGUUUUUGGACACUUGGGCCAGGCCUCUGCUGUCAUGUACAUUAAAUAGCCACAGUAUUCUUGGACUUACCUCUGUGAACUAUUUGAAAUUGUUUAUUUUUUUCCAUCUAAAACCACAAACAUUCCCUGGGAGAGGGGGCAUUUCUUCCAGGGUCCUGCAUGGUAGGCUGGAAAGUUUGGCUAUCCACUUUCACUCCUUGGGUUGUACAGAGUCAAAAAGAGGCCUCUUCAGUGCCCUACUUUAACCUAUCCCAUCUACAUUUGCAAACCAGGCCACAGACCAUGGCUUCCCCCAGUCUCACUCAACAUACUGGCCCUCUGUUAGUGUAUUCAUUGUUUUGCAUUAUAUGAUGCUUUAAUUUUCAUAGGUGAUGCAAACCUGUAAUGCAUUAGUUCAUGUCCUGUACAAUCAUCUAAUCAAAACAAACAAGUCAGCAUCUGGCAGUAAAAUACAACCACAGAGUGAUUUGGAAAUCAUUGAACAGUAAUUAACUAGGUUGUUUCUCCACUUUAGUUCAACAGGUUAUUGAGGCUCAUUUAUUGCAGCUCCUUCAAAAUAUCAAGGAGUAAUGGCCUGCUGUUAAUAGAAAAUUGUUCCAUGCCUGAAGAUUUGGAUUGUGCUUUAGCCCCACAAUAAGUGAUAAAGGCGUGUUAACUUAUUUAACUUUACCUCAGUGGAAAUAUUUGCUGGUUUUAAUAAGAUUUUUAGUACACUUUCUUUAUGUAUUUCACUGAUGUUCAUAGAAAUCUGUGAUAAUUGAUCCUUUUGUAAAUUAUAUAAAUUUUAAAAAAUGUAAUCAGUGUGCUGCAUGAAAACCUUGAAUAAAAAUAUAAUUUUAGCUGUAUAAAUGUUCACAUUAAGUACAGUAGUUUACUUUCUACAGAGUAUUCCACUAGGUUGUGUCAAUGAUAUGGUAUCCACAUACACUUUGUUUUAGGUUUUUAGGUGUAUACCACAGAAGACAAGUUUCUUUAUUGUUUAUAGGACAAA